UUUUACGCGAACAUAACGGAGUAAACGUCUUUUUUAAUCUUUUGCUCAAUAAUGGGUCUUCUUCAUUUUCUUUCUUGCUAUACAAAGAUUCUCCCUUUAUCACUCUUCUUCACUAAUAAUUGCAGGUCAAAAUAUAAAAGAAGAGGCAUGAAUCUUGAAAAUUCUCAUUCUACACUCAAGAGCACUGUUGAUUUUCGAGUCUGCAAUGUCUCUGGUUACAAAACUGAACUGCUCGAGAUUUGCUCUGAUGAUCCUAGAUUACAUAUUCUUUUCAUUCCUGGAAAUCCAGGUGUUGUUUCAUUUUAUAAGGAUUUUUUGGGAUCAUUGUAUGAGUUUCUUGGAAGAAGUGCAUCUGUUACAGCUAUCGGGCAUAUCUCUCACACAGCAAAGGUACUUGAUUUUGCUAAUGCUGAGUUCAAAAGUGGCUGCUUGUUUGUGCUGAAACUAUCAUUAAAAAGAAGAAGCAUGAUAUGCAUUAUUAUCUGUAAUGAUUUGUGCUGUUUUCUUUUGCUGUAUGGAAGGCAUGCUUUGCAAUGCAAUUACUUUAACUGGGAGCUUGGCAAAUUGUUCUCGUUAGAACAACAAAUUGAGCACAAGGUGGAGUUCAUCAAACAGGAGCUGCAAAAUGUUGAAGUUCCUAUUAUGCUGGUUGGGCAUUCUAUUGGUUCAUACAUAUCUCUUGAGACACUAAGGAGGUCCCCCAAAAAGUUAAGAUUUUGCGUAGGACUAUAUCCAUUUCUUAUGUUCAACCCGCUUUCAGAGAAGCAAACUAGCAUCCAGAAAAUAGCAGAGUCCCCGGUUUUAUCCGCUUUGAUUAGUUUCAGUAUUGCAUCAGUGGGAGUGCUACCUAGAUGUGCUUCCAGAUUAAUUGUGUCAAAAUCUAUUGGGAAGUCAUGGUCUAUUAGUGCUGUUGACGCUGCUUGCAGUCAUUUGCUACAGUAUCACACCUUCCGGAAUAUGAUCUUUAUGGCACUGACAGAAUUUAGAAAGCUUUCUGAAAAACCAGACUGGGCAUUUAUGAGAGAAAAUCAAAGUAAAAUAGCUUUCCUGUUUGGUGUUGAUGAUCACUGGGGUCCACUGGAGAUGUAUGAAGAGAUCGCGAAGCAGGCACCUGGCAUUGCUUUAUCAAUUGAAAGGGAAGGACAUAUGCAUAAUUUCUGUUGCACUGAGGCUGGCUCGGCAUGGGUUGCGCAGCAUGUAGCAAAUUUGUUAAAGAAUCAAGUAUUAAGCUCUAGCCAGUAAAGUAGGCACCUUUGCGCAUGUCAGAGCCUAAGUGAAUGAUACCCAUCAUUAAUUACUUGUCAACUGUACAUCUGAUUAUCAAUCAUGCCAUUCUUUUAUAUAUAUAAUAACAUUGUAAAUAAAGUAUGCAUCUGUGAGCUUGGAUUUUUAUUUUGUUUGUAUUUUCUCAAGAAUAAAUAAUAACUCCAUUAUCAUUCCAAUUUGCAAGCU